AAUAAUGCCAUCUGCAAAUCAAUCUCUAAAGGGCAAUUCAAUGAAUUGGAAUUAUAUAAAUAUUUUAAGGAAACGGCACGAGAGAUUAAAAAUUUUAAGAAAACUUUGUGACAUGACAGUUUGCCUGCCGAGCCACCAAUGACCAGAGAGGAGCAACAAGAGCAAUACCAGGAGGAGGAGUAUGAUAAAUUAGUUACGCGAUUCGAAAAAAUCAAGCAAAAACGACAACAGGAAAUUGAGAAUGACAAAAAAUGGAGCAAAAUGAAUAAUGAAAAUGAUGAAAUAAUUAGCAGACUGAAUCGGUUAAAACCGGUUGAGCCGGUUGUGGAGCCAGAUCCGGAUAUAGAAUAUUUUGACAAAAUGGAUGAAUUAGAGCGGGAACGUGAUGAAUAUUUCGAGGAAAAGGAUUGUUUUGAUAGAAUGGACGAAUUGGAGCGGCAGCGUGAUAAAUAUUUUGAAGAAAAAGAUAGACGGGAACGG